AAGUUUCCAAGUGGCCAACUUGACCAAUGGUUUGGCAAUCGAGAAGGGGAAGAAAGGUGCGGGCUAGUGGGUGGAUGGGGACAAAGAUCUAAGUCCCCUUCUUCCUGGGUGUAAGUGUAGGAGAAGGGUGGAGGUUCUGAGGAGCAAGAGGGACGGGGAAGGAAAAGGAGAGUGCUUCUCGGUCGGUUUUCACCUCCUGUCUUCAAACUCAGGGCGCUUUCCUUUCGGAAAGGAUACUGGAUUCAGGGCGCACAAGUGCGCGCUGUAGCCGCCCUCGAGUCGGCAGUUGGGUAGCCCCAGCGCGGAAGGAAGGGGAAGUUACCUUCCCCUCGGAAGAGGGCGCUGGCUCCCCCAUCCUGCCUUUAUAAUAAGGCCACCGAAGGAGAGGAAGCAGCCAGCUGCCGUCUGCGCUUUGCAAAGCAUGCAGUUAGGGGAGCAGCUCUUGGUGAGCUCAGUGAACCUGCCUGGCGCGCACUUCUAUUCGCUGGAGAGUGCGCGAGGCGGCGGCGGCAGGAGCGCGGGCCACCUCCCUGGCGCGGCCCCCUCGCCUCAGAGACUGGACUUAGACAAAGCGUCCAAGAAGUUCUCGGGCAGUCUCUCGUGCGAGGCGGGAAGCCGGGAGCCAGCAGCAGCCAGCGCGGGGGCCCCCGCAGCCAUGCUCAGUGACGCCGACGCCGGGGACGCCUUUGCCAGCGCUGCGGCAGUGGCCAAGCCUGGGCCCCCGGACGGCCGCAAGGGCUCCCCCUGCGGGGAGGAGGAGCUGCCCUCCGCCGCUGCCGCCGCCGCCGCCGCCGCCGCCGCUGCCGCCGCCACCGCACGCUACUCCAUGGACAGCCUGGGCUCGGAGCGCUAUUACCUCCAGUCCCCCGGGCCUCAAAGCUCUGAGCUGGCUGCGCCCUGCUCGCUCUUCCCGUACCAGGCGGCGGCUGGGGCGCCCCACGGAUCUGUGUACCCGGCUCCCAACGGGACGCGCUACCCCUACGGCUCCAUGCUGCCCCCCGGCGGCUUUCCCGCGGCUGUGUGCCCACCCGGGAGGGCGCAGUUCGGCCCGGGAGCCGGCGCGGGCAGUGGCGCUGGCGGCAGCAGCGGCGGGGGUGGCGGCCCCGGCACCUAUCAGUACAGCCAGGGGGCUCCGCUCUACGGCCCGUACCCUGGAGCGGCAGCGGCGGGAUCUUGCGGAGGAUUAGGAGGCUUAGGGGUUCCAGGUUCUGGCUUCCGCGCCCACGUCUACCUGUGCAACCGGCCUCUGUGGCUCAAAUUCCACCGCCACCAAACUGAGAUGAUCAUUACGAAACAGGGCAGGCGCAUGUUUCCUUUCUUGAGCUUCAACAUAAAUGGACUCAAUCCCACUGCCCACUACAAUGUGUUCGUAGAGGUGGUGCUGGCGGACCCCAACCACUGGCGCUUCCAAGGGGGAAAGUGGGUGACCUGCGGCAAAGCCGACAAUAACAUGCAGGGCAACAAAAUGUAUGUUCACCCAGAGUCUCCUAAUACUGGUUCCCACUGGAUGAGACAGGAGAUUUCCUUUGGGAAAUUAAAACUCACCAAUAACAAAGGCGCAAAUAACAACAACACCCAGAUGAUAGUCUUACAAUCUUUACACAAAUACCAACCACGACUGCACAUCGUUGAAGUUACAGAGGAUGGCGUGGAGGACUUGAAUGAGCCCUCGAAGACCCAGACCUUUACCUUCUCAGAAACACAGUUCAUUGCAGUGACUGCCUACCAAAACACUGAUAUUACUCAACUAAAGAUCGAUCAUAACCCCUUUGCAAAAGGCUUCAGGGACAACUAUGAUUCCAUGUACACCGCUUCAGAAAAUGACAGGUUAACUCCAUCUCCCACGGAUUCUCCUAGAUCCCAUCAGAUUGUCCCUGGAGGUCGGUACGGCGUUCAAUCCUUCUUCCCGGAGCCCUUUGUCAACACUUUACCUCAAGCCCGAUAUUAUAAUGGCGAGAGAACCGUGCCACAGACCAACGGCCUCCUUUCACCCCAACAGAGCGAAGAGGUGACCAACCCUCCCCAGCGGUGGCUUGUCACGCCUGUCCAGCAGCCUGGGACCAACAAACUAGACAUCGGUUCCUAUGAAUCUGAAUAUACUUCCAGCACCUUGCUCCCAUAUGGUAUUAAAUCCUUACCCCUCCAGACAUCCCAUGCCCUGGGGUAUUACCCUGACCCAACCUUUCCUGCAAUGGCAGGAUGGGGAGGUCGAGGUUCUUAUCAGAGAAAGAUGGCAACUGGACUACCAUGGACCUCCAGAACGAGCCCCCCUGUGUUCUCUGAAGAUCAGCUCUCCAAGGAGAAAGUCAAAGAGGAAAUUGGCUCUUCUUGGAUAGAGACACCCCCUUCCAUCAAGUCACUAGAUUCCAAUGAUUCAGGGGUAUACACCAGUGCUUGUAAGCGAAGGCGGCUGUCUCCCAGCACCUCCAGUAAUGAGAAUUCUCCCUCCAUAAAGUGUGAGGACAUGAAUGCUGAAGAGUACAGUAAAGACACCUCAAAAGGCAUGGGAGGGUAUUAUGCUUUUUAUACAACUCCCUAAAGAGUAUUUUAACCUCAUAAAAAUUAGCUAACUUUUUGCAGAUGGACCUGGUGGUGUUUUUUGUUGUCUUCUUUGCCUAGGUUGCCAAAAAGAUGUUUGCCUUCCACCUUGAUGCAUCCUGUUUUGUGCAAUUCUCUUAAAGAAGGUGCCAAAGCUUUUUGAUUGCUGCAGGUAACUGAAACAAACCUAGCAUUUUUUUCCUUUUUAAAUAAAAUUAAUGGAGGACUUUAAAGUGUUUUAAAAUUUGAAGGUUAUUCGAGGUUCUGGGAUUAUUUAUUGGAAACACUAAACAUUCAGAGAAAUAGCCUGUAAACAUUGAAUACCCAGUGCUAUCAAAUGAGUUAAAACGUUUGAUUCUCAUUUCUAGUCAUAAAUCUUUAAGCAAAUAGAAACUGAGUGUUAAGGUGCUUUUGCUUCUGGAAGAGAAGGGCUGGGCCUUAAGCUUCAGCAGGGGACUUUCUGCUGUUACAUUCUGCCAGGGGCAAAAGAUAUUAGGCCUGGGAAUCAAAAAAAAAAAAAAAAAAUUCUGUGAAAGUGCUGGUUUUACCUGAUUUUGAUUCCUCACAGGCUUUGGAACAAGCCAUGUUUGCCCGAGUCCAGGAUUGCCUCACUUGAGACUUGCUAGGCCUCUGCUGUGUGUUGGGGUGGCAGUAGAACUCAGGAGAGAGCAAGGGAGGAAGUCGCCAAAAAAAAAAGAGAGAAUUUAAAAGUGUACAGUUGUGUGUGUUUAGAUACACUGUAGAAUAAUGUGGAAUAUAUUGUACAAAUAGUCUACAUAAGUGUCUGAGAUAAUGUAAAAUCGGUGCUUUGGCUUUGUAAAGAAUUUGCAGAUCACCUAACAACAGCUGCAGGGGCAAGGGGAUAGUCUCAUCAUCCCCAUGAUGUUUGGGAAUAUUCUGUUUACUUCUUAGAUAGUUAAGAAUGUAUUCAGCUACUCUGUACUAACUUGAACUAUGUUUAAGGAAACCUCCUGUUCCAUCCUACUCCUUUGCCAUCCCCUCUCGCCAACUUGUUAAUGUGAAGAAACUAAAACCUAAUGCCACAGCUCCUAUAGGCUUUUUAGAGAUCUUGGAUUUUUAUGUACAGUCUUAGUCAUUUUUAAUAAAUGUGGUUAAUUAAGGGAA